ACGCAAUUCAAUAAUCAAUGGUGUCAAAUAAGUUUCUUAAAUGAGAUUUUACUUAGCUUGAAUUCUGAAUGCACCACCAGGUCAUUGUCAGGUAUUUAAUUAGCCCUUACACUUAUCAUGUUAUGACAAAGGUGUUAUUUUGUUUUAAUAUAUAUAUAUAUAUAUAUUCCAUGGUAUCAUCUCAGUCCCAAUUUACAAAGUCCUUGUGGUUAUGACACUUGUGCAAAUCAAGUCUGACUCUCGUCGAGCUACCGUAGACAUUCUCCAACGAUACUAAUUUGAAUUGGAGCUGUCAUCGAAGAAAUGCUUCACCAAUUUUAGGAAGACAAAGCGCAAGAGGAACAAUGUACAAGUCCAGACGAGAAUUACACAUGUCACAUGGAAAUGGCUCCAUCAAAGAGAUAGCCACCAUGAAAGCUUCAUUGGUCGAGCAACGAGCAGGUGCUGGCCAAUCUCUCAUAGCUACCAUAUCAAAUCUCAUGAUCAUGAAUGGCUUCUAGCCAGCUAAAAUUAAUCUCAGAGAUUUUUAGUUAUAUGUGUUGAGCCAUUAUAAGCACUAUCGAAAAAAGCCUUUACGCUUUAUGUGUUAUGAGAAGUGUAAAGAUGCAGCCUAAAAAUGACAUUGUAUAAAAUAAUAACUAACACUUUUUGCAAAAGAAAAAAAAGCGUUGCAUAUCUAUACUAGUUACGCAACACAAUUUUAAGCACCACAUCAAAAAAUAGAUGCAACAAACUUUUUAAUAAGUAUAAGCAAAAUAUUUAUACUUUAUUCAUGACAAUGUAUGAAGUAAUAAUUAAUACUUUUUGCAAAAAAAAAAUAAAAAUUGUUGCAUAGCUAUAUUAGUGACGCAGCACAAUUUUAAUCACCACAUAAAAAAAAUAUGUGCAACAAACUUUUUAAUAAGUAUAAGCAAAUUAUUUAUACUUUAUUCACGAAUGUAUAUCGGAAUUGCUCUCCACUGAAAAACGGCUUUUCACUAAAAUCAUUCUUAUUGAGUGAAAUAUCACUUUCAACAUUAGGGUUUAAUAGAAAGAAAGUAACACAUAUAAAAAGUCCGAAUAUAGUCCGAACAAAAAAAAUUAGAAAGUUCAACGAAAAAGAGCCAAAAAAUCUUCCUUUAACUACAAUAAUCUUAUAUAAAAUAUGAGAUUUGACUACCAACACCCCCCCCCCCCCCCCCCCCCCCCCGAACAAUACUUGUAUUGUUUAUGUAUAAAAUAAAAAUAAAAACAAAUCAAGGAAUGUUGAACCGUACAAAUAUUGUUUGUGUAUCCUAAAUCCUAAUUGAGUGUUUUCGAAAUCAGCAUUUAGCCCAAUUCCCCAAUUCAUGAAUUAAGAGAUUCCAAUAAGCGGCCCAAUUUAAGCCCAUCCAAUAAUUUUUUUUCUCUUCUCCUUUUCUUCCCCGACUAAACUGUCCCUUCAUCAUCAUUCAUCACCCUUCUCCCCAUCUUUCCACCUCAGCCAUCACCGCCACCACCAGUCCACCACCACUACCUCUUCCUCCACCCCCAUCAAUCCAUCCAAAUCCCGAAUUCAAAUCCCGAGAACAAAACCCUAAUACCCAAUUUCCACGAUUCCUAUCCUUACCAUAUGCGUUAUCCAUAAUUCUCCCUCCCCCAUCCUCCCACCAUAGUCCGGCCCUAAACUCAAUCAGGCGCCCUGACGGAGAUAUAAGGGGAGAGAGAGGGAGGAGAGGAGAAACGGGUAUUCGUCAUUUCUGUCUUUUGUUUGCGUUCUCCGCCGUUUUGGGUCGCUGGAAGAGCCGGGGGAAGAAAUGACGAGCGUGGGUGAAGUUGUACAGUGUAUUCCUCUUGAAGCACCGCUUGCAGUCUCGGAUUCACAGCCGAUCGAUGCCGAUUCCAAAAGCUAUGGCGUCACGACCCGGCCUAACGAGUCGGUCACCGCCUCCAACCCUUCCUUCGUCGAUGGCGUCGCCACCAAGGACAUUCAUAUUGAUCCCAUUACUUCCCUCUCCAUCCGGAUCUUCCUCUCGGAGUUCGCCCUCAACCCUCCCGACCCAGAUUCGAAGCUUCAUUCCAAAGGCAAGCCCACUAACAGCAACAAGCCCGGUGCACCUCGACGAUCCGAUAUCGACCAGCACGACAACAACAUAAAUGUCAUGAAUGGGAGGAGCAGCUGACAAUGCUGGUCAUUUGCUUGGAGCUUUGUGGUUCUAGGUAAUUAGUUUGUGGAAUUUGCAGUUCCUGGGCUCUGAAUCAUAGUCUGCAAGUUAUUAGAUGGUAGUACUUUACUACUUUAUGUACAAUGCCGGAUACUAGGCUUAGGAAGCUUAUGUCAUAUGGCAUUUGAUUGUUAAGCUCAACUUCCUGGGAGUUUUGGAACUUCUUACGUCUGUCCUAGGUUUUCCUCUUAUAUUUAGCUGCAGUAAUGGGGAACAGAAGUCUUUUGCUGAAAGAAGCCUAUCCUCCUGUUUGUGAUGAGUGGCUAGAGACUGACGCCGGAUAAUCUAUAAUUGGUUAUAUCUUACUGGCUAAUGAACAAGUUUCUUGUAAAUAUUCUAGAAAAAUGUGGUCAUUGGAGUGUUAUACGUUAUUCAUGUUGCUUUGAGUUUUGACUCUUGUAGGUUACCAUCUCCCUACAAGGGCUAGAAGCUACUCUUGUCAAAUCUAUCCUGCAUAUACGUGUUGCUUUGGAUUCGUAGGUUACCAUUUCCCCACAAUGAAUCAAAGCUACUCUUGAAAAAUCUAGCUGUCUCUUUACCUGUGCUAGUGAAUGAUGUAUAUUUACUAAGCUAUUUGAAGAUUUGAGGAACAGAAUCAGGAAUAUGAAUUCCAUAGAAUUCAAACGUUUCUAGAGUCUUCAGGAUCUGUUUCAGCGGGUUCUCCCUGUUUAGGCUUGUUAAUUUCAUGGUUCAGGAAACAAAAGUUAGCCUUUGACCACUUUUAAGGGAAACGUAAGACAAAUGAUUAAAAAAUUAAUUGUCGACUUGUCUGUUCAUGAUGGUGCUUUCAGUUGUUCAGGAAGCAUUUCAUGAUAUGUGGCUGCCCAAUUUAUGUUCACAAUGAUAUAAUGAAUUUUGGUUACUUUGUUUGUUUCAGUUUUUCAAUAGAACUAGAUAUGCAUGUCAUUUGUGCAUAUAAGUGAAUGAGCAACCCUAUAUGUGAAACUUCAGCUGAAUAGUGUUUGCUUCUCCACUCUAGUUUGGUAGCAGGUCAUCCAAUAGGGGGAGCAGCCCAUCCUUAAGAAACAAUGGUCUUUAGGUUUAUUUGACUCGCCUUUGAGAUCUUACCGCCUCUUUAUGCCUUUUCCCCUUUUUAUUUGGGCUUUCACAAUCUGAUACUUUUUUCCAUCGUUUGUGAUAUUGGGUUGAUGAGUAAUUAAUGCAUUUUCUGUUUUUUUGGCUUUUGUUCUAUUGAUUGCAGGCCGCUUUUGGCUCUUCAGAUCGUACCCAGAUUUGUUUCCGUCUGAUCCUCUUGUUUCCUUCCUGAUCAUGGUAAUCAACCUUCAUGCGAGGGGCCUUGCCAAGCUUCCAGGAAGUUCCAAAUUCAGAGGAGUAGAAUUUGAACAUCAGAAAGGUGAUCUUAUGUUCGGUCAUUUUUUAUUUCACUGAUCCCCCUCAGAACCUCAAGGAAAAUGACAUCAAGAGGCAUACAUGGCAGAGCUUGUGGACUAUAUUUCCUCUGCCAAUGCAAAGUUUCCCGAGUCAUGCAAUAACUUGUCCGGAUGGUCUCUCCAAAUCUGUUUAGACCGCUACUUCUUCACCUCAUGAGAACAAAGCAUUGGAAGCAUUCAAUGUUGAACAGGAAGAGCCAUCGAUGGACCCCGCGUGAACCCACUUGCAAGUUGUGUAUGACUGUUAUUGAGGUUUGUGGCAUCACCUGAAACCUAUGCAAAACUAGCUAAACACUAAAUAACUUUUUUAUACUAAGGCUACUCGGUCUCUUUGAUUCAUAGGAACUGGGAGAGGGAGUAUUUUUCUUAUUUGCAAAGGGUCCUGCAUCGAAUCUAUGGCAAAUUGAAGGUGUCGGGUCCUUCAUUAGGAAGACGAUCAACAAUAUCUUUUACCGGUUCAUAUUUAAGACCGAGAUACAUGAUGGGAUUACUGUGCUGCUGGUGAUUUUGGGGUGUAUCAUCAAUGGCUUUGCGCUGCUACUGAAGGAAGAGCACAAGUUAUUUCUAGUUCAAACUCUUGUUCUGUUGCAUAUAUUGAAGUGCUUGAUGAUGUAUCACCAGCAAUUCUCGUACUGCAUAACUCAGUUCACGGAGAAAGACUGCUAACUUUCUAAUACUUUGUGAUCAGGGGUUUGCUGAAGUAUUGGCCAGUGUCGAACAGUUUUGAAGAGGUGAUAUUCUUUAGUGAGCUGGAGGAAGUUCUGGAAGCUAUACAGCCUGCAAGAUUUCAACGUUGCACAUGGUUCCUUGUAUGCCCAGAUUUAUUGGUGCCUGAUCAGUUCUCAUUUUCAGGUAUCUUAGUAGGUAGCCCCUUGAUAGUUGAACUGAAUUUUAUCGUUUUAUAGUAAUAACACUUGAAAUGGACAAAGUUGGUUUCUUCGUUUCACUUCCUUUCGUGGAUCAUCAACUGCUCAAGAUGGCGCAAAUACGAAUUUGGUUACAUGUAUCACAUUGGGUCGCAAAAGUCGGGGUUGAGACUACUAAAGCACCCAACUUUGUCCUGAUCAAUCCGCAUUUUCAUUUUUUUGUCAGUUUUUUUUUGCAGUUAUGUUGUAGGUAAGAUGGGAAACAGAAAUGUUCAUGGGGACUGAUCAGGGUGAGUUUGGUGCUUUGGUUGGCUCAAUCCCGAGUUUAGUGCCCGAUGUAAUACAUAUUGGUGAAUUCAAUGACCAAAUUUGUUCUAACCCGCCCAAGAUCUCAGUUUGUGAACAUACUGGUGUGUGGUGGGCUGGUGGCUUAUUAUUACCAGCUGGGGCAGGUGUUAGAGCUAUUAUGCUCUCAACUGUGAGAAUUAGAAUUCUGGAGAAAGUUUAUAUAAUUAUAUCAUACGUUUCUUUAAGGCUUGAACACUAGCCUUCCACUUUAGCUGCAGUUUUACAGGUUUCUGAACUCCUUUGUAACCCUCGAAUUCAGCAGUAUCUCUCUUAGAAAACUAUCCUUGAUUUGCAGGUCGCAGAGAGGACUUUGUUGUUAUGGAACGACAAUCACGUCUAGAAUCCAAUCAAGCUGGACCGACAGAUAAAAUUACCCAUCAACUUCCCUCGGAGAGGAACGCCAGGCGCCAUUGGAUCCAGGCUGCGCAAAGCCUGACACUGAACGUUUGGAAGAUAUCUCCGACAAUGAUCUGGAGCUAUUCGAUGCAUGCUUGUUCAAUUUCCAGGAGCACGAAUCUCAGGAAGGUGAGAUCAAGUCGAGACGGGAAGCCACCUGGAAGAGAUUGCCGACAUGAAAGCUUCAUCAAGCAACGAGCCAGUGUUGGCCUAUCCUAGAAGCUCAGCAAAGCUCAUGCCUUUACUAGGGACAACAAGAGGAGAUCAGGUGGAAAGUUUAUGUGUUGGUUCUCAUGAGUCGAGAUUUAGCAUGAUUUGGUUAGGAAGUUGGGAUAUCUUAGAUGAAUAAAGUAAUUAGUCGUGUUGAUGAACAAAAUUUUGUAGCGAUACUGAUACUACACUAUGAUAUGGAGAAUGGACCUAUCGGGGGGAAAAGGUAUGGAGAAUGGCCAACGGUAUGGAACUAUACAUUCAGUUCCCCAACCAUAAUCCUCCAUUGUUUUUGUUCCAUUAGAAAGCUCGGAAUAUUUUAUGCUCAACCUAAAGCACUCGGCAGUGGUGACCUGGCCUAGUCCAUUAGUUUAGAAAUUCACAACGAUUUCUUGAUGAAGAUGCCGCAUAACCUAUAGCACUCGGUUCUAUAUGUCAUGAUCAGAGGUAGGAAAAUGUUGAAAUACUGCUGAAUCACGAUUUUAAUACGAAAUAUUGUAAAGCGUUCGGUUCUAGAUACCAUGACCAGAGAUAGUAAAAUGUUGGAACUAUGGUUGAACCACGAUUUUAAUACGAAGGUGGCUAUUUCGGCGCACUCACUUUUUUAGGUGCACUCAGUGUACUCAACUCUAAAAGUGUCCAUAAUACAUCAAAUUUUGAAUUUCAAUUAGUACUCUCAAUCUAAUAUGAUGAUAUGACAUAGAAUCAUAGCAAAUCAAUCUAUUACCCUAACCCCUUAACCUUCAAUUUUGAAUCCCAACCCAAAAUCCCAAAUUGUAAACCUAAACCCUAACUCUAAAUCCCUAAAUCCUUCAAAUUAAAGUAAAUUUUGAAUGAUUUUUUUUCCAAAUUCAUAUUCUUUUUGUUCAUAAUUCAUAAGCAACAAUUGAUACCGUUUUGACAUGAAUCACAUGCUCAGGAUGAUAAUUAUGAGGCGGGUGCACUGAGUGCACCAAAAAAAGUGGAUGCACCGAAUACGCCACCUUAAUACGAAAUAUUGUACCAUCGAAAUUUUAGAUAUAACUUCCCAUACGAUUUCACAAUCCUUAUAAUUUACAUUACAAAGCAUAAAUGAGACUUACAAUAUAAGGUAGGCUAAUUUACAUAACAAAUGAUUAUCUUUCUGCAUUACAAAUUAGGUUAAAUACACUUGUAUAUCCAAAACUUUCACGGUUGUGCCAAUAAUAUCCAAAUUUCCCGAAAUACCAAUUAUAUCCAAUUCCUUCACAUUAUUCAACGGUGUUUUUGGAUAUACAUGUGUAUUUAACCAAAAAUAUAUUGGAAAAUGGAUAGAAUUGGCAAAGAACAACUUUAAAACAUGGAUAUAAGUGGUAUUCCGGGAAAUUUGGAUAUUUUUGGCACAACCGUGAAAUUUUUGGAUAUACAAGUGCAUAAAACCUACAAAUUAUGACUAUUUAGAUUACAAAUGGAUAAGAACUACGUUACAAAUCUGACUGAUUUACAUUACAAACUACUAAUCAUACAAAUGAAUAUAACUUACAAUUCAUGUUGUUUCUCCCUCUAUCGAAAAAUUUUCUCACUAUAUCUAAACUGCUUCUUUUUUUACCCAAUUUCUUUACAUGUAGAGAAUGGAGAAGGAAAUCUUUAAAAAAAAAUUCUAAUUGUAUUGCAAUUACUAUUCUACCACUGAAAUUAAACUGAACGGUUAGGAUUUAUUUUGUCAAAUGAUCCCUUAUUAUUCACCUGAACUUGUAUCUUUCAACUAGCCCUCCUUUAAUUACAACUAUAAUUCAUCUAUACAACAACUAAUUUUUGUUUAAGGAUGUAUAACUGAAAUUAAUUAGAAAUCUUGUCCAGAUGUUGAGAUUUAUAUGCAAAUACCAAUUAAUAAAAAUUGUUCCCUAUGGCGGGAUGAUUGAGACGGUACCGUUUGAGCAAUGGACGCAAUUUGGCUUCGAUGACAUGCUGAUGUGGCAAAAUGUCGAUUUGUAUCCUGUUAUUCAUUUGGUAGGUAGAAAGUCAGCGAAGACUAGCAAAGACCAUUAUUUGACCAAGAAGGCUAGAACAACCGUCUUUUACACUAUGUUUGGCAACAAGGGGGGUGCAAGUUCGAGGGGGGUACAAGUUGAGGGGUAAAUUGUUGGGGGGUGCAACUUGGUGGAGGGUGUAAGUAGAGGGGUAAAUUGUUGUUUGGAUGAAAAAGUAGGGUGGUGCAAAUAGAGUAAAAAGUAAGUAAUUAU